CGUCUGCAUUCGUGGAUAAGGCUGCCCUGGUCAUGUAAUAUGUCUGAUAUGACCUGAUCAGAUUUAAUGGAAGAAUAUAUGAAUAGUGUCGUCUGGUAUCGACUAACGGGAUGCUUGUUAUGGACAAGUGACGUUGGGCACCUACUGAAGCAGACGCACGUACAUGUGCCUGUGUGUUGAUUUGACAAAACAAUAUUGAUUGAUUUGAGUGAGAGAAGGACCAGAACCUGGGACAUGGGCUCCAUCUCUACCAGAGUGUGUCUCGAAGGAUCAGCCCUUGUAGCCAUGAUUAAUUGAUUACUGUUUCCCUUCUCAUGGGCACAGACAUGUUUGUUAUGUAACCUAUGUCCAUCCCACGAGGUGGUCAUCCCAAUUCCAUGUUAGGCGUUGGGCAGACAGCAGACGACAUUUUCUACUUCCUUACAGACCAAUCAGCCAAUCAGGUGUGUGGAUAUAUCUAGGCUAUGGUCAGGUCUGCUUCUUCUGUGAUUGCAAGUGGUCCAUGUUUUCUGUGACAACAAAUAUUAAGCCAUGUGUGAGUACUUGUGACAAGAUGGACUAGUGAAUUCAUGGCCAUUCUAAAGGGGCAGAUCGGCUGCCAUGAUGCUUGAGCGUUUCCGGAUGCUGAUCGUGGAGGCUGCUACAGCCACAGGCACUGUUUCCAAGGCUCGGGAUGGCGACGGCAGUGAUGGUGUCCCAGAAACUAAACGAGGAGUCACGCGACAAAACUCUGCCAGUCAAGAAGACCUUGACCGAGUUGGAUAUCCUCAAAAUGCGGACAAGAAAAGAUUGUCCAACUUGUUUGAUACCUUUAAAUCUAGUAAAGAUGUACCUGAUAAUGAACAUGACAUAAAACAUGUGUCAUGUCGACGACGCAAUGUCUCAGACUCAGAUUCAGGAUCCUCUUCUGAUGGAGAAACUCCUAUGGAUGUUGUCGAUUCCAAGACUCAUUCCUCAGAUCAAAUGUCGUCUACUUCUGCAGCCGUCUUGGCUCGAAACCUGUCUGAGACCGAGAGUGCCUCUGACUUGCACCGAGACCAAAGAGAGUCCCCAGAGAUAAAAGUGCCUAAUGGAGAAACACAAACUAACAACAAAGAGACAUCUGAAGGAGCUGAAUCAGCUUCAACAGAACAUUCCAGGAACUCCAUGUCCCCUGAAAAAUCUAAGAUGACUCCGACAGAGGCUGUGAUUUUGUCUAAACGCUUGUCAGGCCCCCAAGACCAGCUGAUGGUGAGUCAGCCAUCUUCUUCCAAUAGCCCUGUGUCUCCAGUUCAUAACGCGUCUCAUUCUUUGGACCACAAACCCAUGAUUGUCCGGAGAACGUCUUCUGAGAAGUCCGACACAUCCAGUAUGUCCUCUGCACGCACAGCUUCCCCAGCCACCAAAAUGAGGCUUCUGGACAUGGCAAGUAAACGUGCACUGGAGCGGGAGAGUUUUGAUCAGGAGGAGUCAGGCCAUGACAGCCCAAGACACAAACCAGAGGAUACCCCUUCAAAUGGCGUCAACCGUCUUCGGCCCCAACCAAGCCGGACGACAAGUGGAACAUCGUCACCUGGUAGACAUGAGUUUGGUGAAGGGUCUUCUGUGUAUAGCGCUGUAGAGUGGAGGUCACAUGCAAGGGUUGGAGGGCCCGAAUGCACAGCUGAUGCUGUGGAGGAAUUUCACAAACCAUCUCAUAAUUUGCCUCCAAAUACUUUACCAAUAACUCACCAUUUCAUGCAUGAAAGCUCACAUCACAUCACCAAUGACACUGAUUCAAGAGAGAUCACUCCUGCACUUGCCUCGUCUCUUUCAGAGCACUAUAAUUCUGGAUGUGGUGUGAAUACUCCGUCUAAUACUUCAAAUGUUGAUUCUAACACAAGGGAGGUAACUCCUUCACAACACCGGAUGCAUGAUGACUUGUUGUCAGGUCAUACUGAUGGUCCUCUUGUUCAAAUAGGUCAGAGCAAUAAGCUUCUUGAUAGACAGUGCAUUGAUUCAGAUGUAACUGUUGACAAUAAUGGUCAAAGUGGGUUUGAGGUUCUUAAAUCAGAAGAGUCCCCAGAUGACCAAGCUAACCUUACUUUUGAUUCAUCCUCCAUUGGAGCUAUUGCUGCUAUGUCAAUUCACCAGAAACAAAACAUGAUGGACACGAGUGAUGGUACAGUUGUAGACCAGAAGACAAGGGAGGAAGCCAUGGUUCCUACAAUCACCAGCUUCCAUGCCAGUCCAGUAGUGAGCCAGGCCACCUCUGUUGUUAAUGUCGCCAUUGAAGCCUCAACACCCAGGCAUGCACAGAUCAUGUUUGAGGUAACUCCGCAUGUACAUACUGAACCCCAGCACCGCCCAUGCCAUCCAGUUGGUGCUGGGGUUCCUGUUCCUCAGUAUCAACACUCUGAGAUGCAGAAUGUUCCUGACUUGGUUGAACCUGUUUCAGGUAUGUCUGUAGCAUCUGUUCACAAGUCUGCUGAUAGGCCUGAACAAUACAAACUCUCAAGAGCACAAAACAGUUCUGAUUUCGUAGAGCCUGUUUCCAGAACAUCGGCAGAGUCUGUGCCCAUGACUGGUUUCGAGACUGAAAAUAUCAAACCUGCUGUUGAACUGGAGCACAACAGAAGGUGUUUAUUUGAUCCUCUUGUUCUGCCCAAGUCUUCAGAAGUCGGUCCUUCAGAAAGAACUAGGGAGUCCAUUACUGCAUCAAGUGAUUCAGGGAGUCCUGAUUAUGAUCCAGUGGUUGUUGACAUAGGAAUCAGUGAACUAAUGCUGGGGGAACCCAAUCCAAGGCUUGCUGUGAUGGUUUGCAUGGAGUCCAUGGGAUCUGAUUCUAGUCAUGAAGAUGGAGAAGCUGAUAAUGGCAUGGACUCCAGACCAUCUGGUAUGGAGAACUGUUCAGGUAUCGCAGUGUCAAGUCAUCAGAGUCAUGACAUCCUCAGCAGUCAGAUUUGUAGCCCAGAUAUUGACGCAACUCAGACAGAUAAUCCUGUGGUUGAACCAACUCAAAAACAUAGUCCUUUGGUUGAAAUAACUCAGGCAGGUAGUCCUCUGUUUGAAAUAACUCGGGCAGGUAGUCCUUUGGUUGAACUAACUCAGGAAGAUGGUCCUUUGGUUAAUUCAACUCUGAAAGAAAGACGUCUGGUUGAACUAACUCAGGCACAGUGUCCACAGGUUGAAUCAGCUCAGACAGAUGAUCGUCUGGUCGACCAUGUUUCUGAAGUGACAGAUACAUUUGAGAAUAAGCAUACUGGCUUCUCUUGCACUAAUGCAGGUUCGGAUCCAGGAUAUCACCCUCUUGUAGAUCUUUCUUCUACAGGGUCAGAAACACAAUACACGAUUAACCUGGAUUUAAGUGAUCACGCACCUACUCUUGUAAAUUCUUUGGAGAAGAGAGCUCUGGAAAGCUGCAAUCUUUCAGACAUUUCUGUACAAGAUGGUAAACCUGUUUCAGGGCAACAGCACAAAUAUGCAGACUCAAGUUGUAACACCACUGUCCCUGUAGCACAGCAACAUAGCAUGUGUGCUCCAGGGUCAGAGGAACAGGUCCCAGAUGUUCCAGCAACUGCAACUGGCAGUAUAGAGAAUAGUGCACUCUUUGAAACAAAGAAAGAUUACAGUACCCAUGCACUAACUUUAACACAUAGCAGCAAUAACUCAGUAGCGAAUGCCUGUUUUGAUAGUGAGCAUAACUCUGACCUCUUUGAUAGAGACACCAUUAGUGCUGUGAACUCUACAUCUUCGCACAAGCACCCUGAUCACACAUUUUAUAACCAGUCUGACUCAGAGGUAAACAUGUCUUGUCUCACUAACUCUUACAAGUUGUCCGACAGCUCUGACCCACAUAUACCAUCUUUGUCUAGUGACACCUCUAUCUUUGUUCUACCUUCUAAUGUUCAUGCACAAUAUAAAUGUCCUGCCUCCUCUUCUGACAACUUUACAUCAGCCAGAAACUGGAGUCCAUUAAUGAAUAGAGAUUCAGAUAGUGAUGACAUACCCACACAUAAAAAAUGAACCAUUAACACCUAAAUGUGUAUCCAAUGUUAGAUCUGAGGAUAUAGGUGAUGAAUCAGCCAAUCAGAUGUAUAAAGGAACACACCUAGAUUCCAUCAUGAUUGUACCCCGAGAUGCUGCUUCUG